GUGGCCAUCCAGAUGGAGGAGGCUCGGCUGGUGAAGAUCAAGGAGGUGCUGAAGGAGCUGCCGCCGCCACAUUAUAGGACGCUGGAGUUCCUGAUGCGGCACCUCCUGCGCAUGGCGUCCCACAGCGCCCAGACCAACAUGCACGCCAGGAACCUGGCCAUCGUCUGGGCGCCCAACCUGCUGCGGUCGAAGGAUAUCGAGGCGACGGGGUUCAACGGGACGGCGGCCUUCAUGGAAGUGCGGGUGCAGUCCAUCGUGGUGGAGUUCAUCCUCACCCACGUCGAGCAGCUCUUCGGGGACGCCCCCCUGCACGGCAGUGACUCCCCCCGCCGGUCCCUGCUGCUGGGUGGGGGGGGGCCAGGGGCCGGGCAGCCCCCCCCGUUCCACGUGCCGGCGGCGCUGAGCCAGGGCGCAGACCACCCCGGGCUGAGCCAGCAGCGGCCGGUGAAGCCCCCGCUGCCGCGCCGGGAGAGCUUCGACGCCUGCCCCUGCCCGGGGCCCGAGGGGAGCCUGGAGGAGAAGCCGAAGGGUCUGGAGGAGCCGCGGGGCCCCGAGAGGAAGGGCUCGCUGAAGGCCAAGAAAUGGAGAUCCAUCUUCAACCUGGGCCGCUCCGGCCAUGAGGCCAAGCGCAAGCUGGGGAAGGCAGAGGAGAAAGGCGCAGACCACCCCGGGCUGAGCCAGCAGCGGCCGGUGAAGCCCCCGCUGCCGCGCCGGGAGAGCUUCGACGCCUGCCCCUGCCCGGGGCCCGAGGGGAGCCUGGAGGAGAAGCCGAAGGGUCUGGAGGAGCCGCGGGGCCCCGAGUCAGAGGGCGAAAGCAGCACCAAAUCAGAGCCCACCACCCCCAAAGGCAGCCGGGCCUCGCUGGUGGCCACCGGCCGCUCGCCCAAGGCUGCCCGCAGCCGCGCCGAGAGGUGUGCGGGGGUCCACAUCUCCGGCCCCUUCUCCGUCACCGUCCCCUUCCACAUCACCUCCAACCUCUCCCGCCUCACCCGGGGGCUGCCCUGCCCGGCGUUGGGCAGGGACGCCCCCGACAGCCCCCCAGAGCCCACCCCAGCCUCCCACGGGGACCCCCAGCCCCGCUCGGCCGAGGAGCGGCUGGAGGGACCCUCAGGGUGUCAGGGGACCCCCAGGGCUCGGUCCCCGCUGAUCGAGGAGGGGACGGCGGACGCGGAGCAGACCCGGCUCUCCCUGGAGCUGCGGGACUCCUUCGCCUUCCUGGACAGCACCGAGACGUGGCCGGAGGGCGGCGGGGAUGGAGACAUGGUGGUGUUGUCCCCGUCACCGGACACCACGGUGGGGGACAGAGAGGAGUCCCCGGCCAUGGAGGAGGGGAUGGAGAGCGGGUUCAUGAACCCGGGGGAGCCCCCCACCGAGCACCCCGCCAGCUACCUCUCCAUCGAGGAGGCCAUGGACGAGGAGAUGUUCUUCAUGGCUCCCAGCGGCUCCGACCCCGAGGAGGGUGACGGGGACACCGACUCCGAUGACAUGUUCCUCAGCGCCAACGAUGACCUCAGCCCGCUGGUGGCAUCACUGGGGACCCUCCAGGUCCCCCACCAGCCACCGGGCGAGGGCACAGCCACAGAGACCCCGGCACUGGCCCGACCCAGCACCCCAUUGCCCCAGGAUGGGUCUCCAUCGCUGGAGGAGGAUGCUCCAGGUCUAGGGGAGCUCCUUGGAGACCCCACCGGGGUGUCAACAGAGGGGGGGACACCCCCAGGGAAGGGGGAUGGAGGGGAGGGGGUGGCGGAUGGUGGCUCCAGCCCUGGCAGAACUGACCCCAGCACCGAAGCCGGGCUGGGGGACGAGGCCGGAGGAGCCAGCGGCCAUGGGGGAGCGGGGCCAGCUCCCGACAUGUCAGACAGGGAAGUCGAAGAGGAUGGAGCUGGCCCCGGGCCCCCUGACCCUGAGGAGCCUGGGGAGGGCGAACCCCAGCCUUCACCGGGGACCCCUCCAGCUUCCACACCGGAGGAGUCCCCCCAGGAGCCAGCAGAGCCCCCAGUUCCUGAGUCUGUCCCCGAGGUGGUCCCCGGGUCUGUCCUUGAGGGUGUUGUCCCUGAGGCCGUCCCUAGGUCUGUCCCCGAGGUUGUCCCCAGGCCUGUCCCCGAGGCUCUCCCACCCUCCAUGGUCAGUGCAGAGGGGACCGAUGCCACCCCCAGCAGCAGCCCCGCUUCUCCUUCGCUCCCUGCCUUGCCCCCGGAGCUGCACCCCGCUCCCCCUGAAGCCCCUCUGCCAACCCCAGCCGAUCCCCCGGGAUCUCCGGGGCUCCCCCAGCCCGUGGUCGUCCUGCGCCAUGAUGGCAGCGCCCCGGCGCGCCUGGCCGCCCGCACCGUCCGGGUGCAGCAGGCCCGCUCCGUCCCCGUCGUGCCCCCCAAGCCCCAGUUCGCCAAGAUCCCCCCGGCCCCGCAGUCCUGGGCCUCCCCGAGCACAACAGGGGACUCCAUCACACCCCCCCAGCCUCCCCCCAGCCCCCCGGCUCCCGAGGGACCCUCCGGGGCCAGCAGGAGAGCGGGAUGGCGGGAGGGGGGCAGCGCCUCCUUCGACACGGCGGUGUCCGCGGCGGCCCAGCAGCCGCCGGCCCAGGGGUCAGUGAGGAGGAUCCAGACCUACAGCGGGGGUGAGGCAGCGCCUGCCGCCCCCAAGGCCCUGCCCUUCCAGAAGAGCCCCAUGAGGCCGCGGCUGCUGCGGCCCCUCAGCUGCAUGGCCGCCCCCGAGGCCGAGCUGUCGGGGAGGAGCCGUCGGAGCCUGACCCGGCCGCCGGAGGGAAGUUUUUAG